AUGAAGUACUCCGCUUUCGUCGUCGCUGCUGCAGCUGGUUCUGCCGCAGCUGCUUCUGCUCCUGCCUACGCUCAAUGUGGUGGUAACGGAUUCACUGGUGCCACUGACUGUGUUGCUGGUUACCACUGUGCUGUUCAGAACGACUGGUACUCGCAGUGCGUUCCCGGUGCUGGUUCCAGCUCUCCUGCCACUUCCAAGGCUGUUGUCACCUCGGCCAAGGCCACCACCACCCAGGCUGCUCCUUCCAAGGCUCCUGUCACUACUAGCCAAGCUGUUGUCACUUCGGCCGCUUCCUCUGCUAAGGGCAAGGUCCAGUACGCCGGUGUCAACAUUGCAGGCUUCGAUUUCGGUAUGGACACCAACGGUGCCUCCUCCGGCGGCUACGUCGACCCUGGAACCACCGGCCAAGCCCAGAUGAACCACUUCGUCAAGGACGACAAGCUCAACGCCUUCCGUCUCCCCGUCGGCUGGCAAUACCUUGUCAACAGCAAGCUUGGUGGCAACCUCGACACCACCUUCUUCGCCAAGUACGACCAGCAGAUGACCUACUGCUUGAACUCUGGAGCCGCUCUCUGUAUCCUUGACCUCCACAACUACGCUCGCUGGAACGGCCAAAUUGUCGGCAGCAGCGGUGGUCCCACCAACGCCCAGUUCGCUUCCGUCUGGAGCCAGCUUGCCACCAAGUACGCCGGCAAGCCUAAGGUUGCUUUCGGCCUCAUGAACGAGCCCCACGAUCUUACCGACAUCAACGCCUGGGCCACCACCAUCCAGGCUGCCGUCACUGCUAUCCGCAAGGCCGGUGCCACCUCGAACUUGAUUCUGCUACCUGGUAACGAUUGGACCCACGCCGCUAACUUUGUUGACAACGGCUCUGCUGCUGCCCUCAACAAGAUCACCAACCUCGACGGUAGCAAGUCCAACCUCGUUUUCGACGUCCACCAAUACUCGGACUCGGAUGGCAGCGGCACUCAGUCGACUUGCGUCUCCUCCUCCUCCAACAUCGCCGGCUUCACCAAGCUCGCUUCUUGGCUCCGCACCAACGGCCGUCAAGCCAUCCUCACCGAGGCUGGUGGCUCCAACGACCAGUCUUGCUUGACCGCCGUCUGCGACAUCCUCAACUACCUGAUGACCAACUCUGACGUUUACCUUGGCUGGACCGGUUGGUCGGCUGGUAUGUUCGCUACCGACUACGUUCUUUCCGAAGUCCCUACCGGCAGUGCUGGAUCCUACAAGGAUCAGGCUAUUGUCAGCAAGUGCAUUGCUGGUGUUUUCAACAGCAAAUAA